AUGAGCUCGUCGCGAUACGUCGAUACCGUGCCGGCGCCGGACCCGGAGUUAGUCAAGGAGAAAAGAGUGAUCGUCCUUAGUUACAGCCGCUCCGGCACACUGGGCCUCUGCAAUGCGAUGCAAUUUUUGGGCUACAAGCCCUAUAAUAUGCACCAGGUGGUACAGAAUGGAUAUUCCCACAUCAAGAUGUUCAGCGAGGCCUUGCAGAUAAAGCGGACGGGCCAGGGCAAACCUUAUUCUCGGCCCGACUUUGACAAGUGGAUGUGGAAUUACGACGUCCUCACGAUUGUGCCGUGCUACCUCACCGAGGAGAUUGUCCAGGCUUACCCGGAUGCCAAAUUCAUCCUGACGGUGAGAGAGCCCGAGAAUUGGGCCAAGUCGGUAUGGAACACCAUCGGCCUGCUCGCUGCUCGGGCGCACAGCUUCCCCGCGAAUUUCUAUAAGUACUUUGACCUAGCGGACCUGCAAUUCAGCAGGUUGGUGGAUUUGAUUUUCCAGACCAUCACCCGAGGGUAUGGGCGAACUGAGGCAGGCUAUCAGGCGGCGAUGAAAGAGUAUGAAGAAUAUAAUGCGCGGGUCAAGGAUCUGGUUCCAGCAGACCGAUUGCUCAUUGCCAAACUGGAAGAAGGACUUGGCUGGGAACAGAUAUGUCCUUUCCUGGAGGUAGACAUUCCUGAAGUCCCUUAUCCUCGCAUGAACGAUACGAAGCAGUUUCAGGCGCAAGUUUCGAAAAUAUGUGCAAGGGGAAGAAGAAACGCCUUGUCGCUGAUGGGGGCGCUAAGCGCUCUCGCCAUUGGCGUUUGGUCCGUAAGACGUUGA